AUGAUCAAUUCCGACAGAUCUUAUUCAGAAUAUCAUAAAUGUUUAGGAGGGGAGAAAAGAAAUUCAAAGUAUUCCACAUCAUCAGAUUGGUCUGACAGUGAAGAAAUGCAUUUAGAUUGGUGUAGGAAACGCAGAGAACAAUACUGUUUAUAUUGUAUACAUAAAAUAUUAAUCUAUUUAGAAAUAUUAACCAUGAGUAUAACAUUUUUCAGUCCACUUGUAAUGCUUCUUCUACCAAAUAUUUAUUCAUCCAAUUGGCUUUUAUCGCUUUCAUCGAAUAUAUCCCCCACAUCAACAUCAUCGUUAUCAUCCUCAUCAUCAUCAGCAGCAGCAACAGCGACAGCAGAUAACAAAAUUGUACACAAGCGUAAUCAAAUUGCUAGUCGAAACUUUCCACAUACUCAUCCGGCGGUGAUGAAUAAUCGAAGCAAUGAAGUAUAUUAUGAAGUGAAAAUCAUAGAAAUAUGCAUAAAACUUCUCAUAUUCACUUUAUGCCUAAGUCGUAUAUAUUUAUCACACUUUAAAAGAAUGUUAUUUUGUUUAAAUAAUAAUAAUAAAUAUAAUAAUAAUAGUAAAAAUAAUUACAUGUCAUAUUCAAGACUAACUGGAAACAGAAGAUAUAAACAGGCAGGCUUAUCAAAGUCAAUUUCUUCAACAAUUCAAUUUUAUUCACCAAACACUGAAAGUAAACAAAGUUUAUCUUUCCGAUUUUUUAUAGAUUCAUUAACUGUGAUUGUCACUUUUUCAUUUUGGUUAGUCUAUUUAUCACAUUGGACUUUAAACAACAAUAAUAAUGAUAAUGCUGCAAGCUAUGAUCAUGAUAAAAAUUCGAAUUACCCGCCAAAAUCAUGUAACGAUUUAAAGAAUACGAUGAAUGCUAUAAAUCCAUUUCGUCAUAUUGAUACUAUUGAAAAAGGUAUAUGUGAUACAUCAAAAAUUGUCUACAGUGAAAAACAAAUAAUUCAUUUGAGAAGAAUAGCUUUAGAAUUAUCUACAAAUUUUAUUAGUAUACAUUUAUUUAUUCAGCUAACUGGUAUACUGCUGAUAAAUUUUAAAAUAAUAUCAAAUUGGAUAUCACGUAAAUAUAUUGUACAUGUGGUACGAGCACUGGAUGGUGUUUCACACGAUUAUAAAAUUGGUUCAAAUAAUUUAAAGUCAAUAGCUAUUUACAUCAUACAGAAUUCAUUGAUUGAUUUUCAGCCUUACGACCCGAUAAUCGUUCGUCAAAAACGCCAUUCAAAGUAUAAUCAAUUCACCAGUCUGUCAGAUGGUAAACGACAUUAUGCCAGUAGACGGCUACACCAUAUUUCUGAUGACAACUCUAAAGAAAUGACAGUACUAAAGCACAAAGCAAUGAAUUCAUUAAAAAGCAGUAGUAGUACUAGCAAUAAUAAUAAUAAUGACGAAUGUUAUCCUGCACAAAUGGUCAGAGCAUCCCAUGACCAUCAUCCAUUAAGUUGUUGUCCAAGCAACAGUAGUGUAACUGUUGCAUCGACUGAGAAUUCUAAACACCAAACAGAUUGUACGGAUAGUCAACCAGUAGUUCUGGACAAUGAAGAUGACAAUGAUGAAGGUACAGAGAAGAAGAAGACGAAAACAAAGAAUCAGCGGAAAUCGCUGGAGACAUUUGAUUUUCUUAAAAUGCCUGAUAUCUAUGAACAGAAUGUCAACGCUGCAAGAAGAUUAAAAAGUGAAGUUAGCUAUGCAAAGUACAAAAGAAAAUGUCAGUUGCGACUGCUUAUAUUAAUGAAUAGUUUAUUUAGUGGAGCAUAUGGUAAAGCAGAUUUUAUACAAAAUGCUACUGAAUCUUCAUCAGAUAAUCAGUUACAAAAAUCCAGUGAAUACAUAUUUCAAAAAUUAUUCGGUCCACUAAGUAAAUAUCUACGUCUUACUAAACAGCAUACAUAUCAUAAUAGAAAUAUGAUAUUAAAUCGACUUAAAAUCUAUUUACAGUAUAAUAUGUCAGCUGAAGCAUUUCUUAGUAUCUACUUUAAUCCGCCAAAUGAAUUCAUUUCCCUACACUACUGUCAUCUUUCUUCGAGCAGUACUCAUCCAACUUGCAGUCAAAUUGACAAACGCAAAAUUGCUACAAGUGAUAGUCAUUUAUGGGAAUGUUGGAGAAGGAAAUCACAAGCCUCUGAUGAGAAUACAUUGAAACAGUUGAAUAAAGAUUCGCCUAACAAAUUUAAUAUUAAUUCAGAUUCACAUAGACAAAUAUACCAAACCUGGAAACUACGACUAUGUGAUCCAUUGAGAAAUGCCUCAGUGUAUGAUGGUUUUCGUUUUGAAUUAAUACGUUCAAAUGUUAAAUUAUUUUGUUGUGUUAAACAAUGCACGUUAUUUGAAAUGAUUCAAGCUAGACUAUCGGCAUCAUCAUGGUGGUCAUAUGGUUUCCAGUAUGAAUAUAAUCAUAAUAAUAAUAAUAACAUUAAUAAUAAUAAUAUUAAUCUACUGCCCUCGUCUACAGUUGAAACGUGUAUUGGUAGUUCAGAGAAUACUGCUGAAAUCAAACUAUAAGACGAGUAUAUGUGUGUGGUUUAUGAACAGCAUUUUUACUCUAUAAAAAAUAUAUUU